AUGGGAGACGAAAGUGAUCAAGCACCAACAACAACAGGAACAUCAGUUGAAGAACCACUUGAUCUUGUUAGAUUAAGUCUUGAUGAAAGAGUUUGUGUUAAAAUGCGUAAUGAACGUGAACUACGUGGUCGUCUUCACGCAUUUGAUCAACAUUUAAAUAUGGUUUUGGGUGAAGUUGAAGAAACAAUAACAACAAUUGAAAUUGAUGAAGAAACAUUUGAACAAAUUUAUCGACCAACAAAACGGCAAAUUCCAAUGUUAUUUGUACGUGGUGAUGGUUCAAAGUUUUCUUCAACAUUCCGUACAUUUGAUACACAAUUAUAUACAUGUGCAAAAGAAUUUGAUUUUAUUGAUAUUGAAACAAUAAUAAAAUUAUGUAAAACUGGUCUUAUUCCAUUUUCAAUGAUAAUUAUCUUUCGAUUAUUUUAUGAUUUUAUUAUUGAUUUAUUUCGAAUAAAUGAUAAAAAAAAUGAACAAAUAUCAAAUUAUUAUCAUAUUAUUCAAACAGGUGCUUAUCUAUUGAUGGCUUUAUUAAUAAUGCGUUUAAAAUUAUUUCUUGUUUCACAAUUAUGUCUUCUGAUAAGUUUAUUCAUGAAUGAACAAUUAUGGCCAAGAAAAAUUAUUAAUUGGAAAAAAACGAAAUUUAUACUUUUUAUUUUGAUUCUUAUUAGCAUGAGUAUUCAAGGACGAAAAAAUAUCAAAGAACAAUUAAAAAUCAAAGGUGAAUAUUCGAAUUAUCCAAUGGAAAAAAUGAUUGAAUGGAUUAAUUUAAAUACUCGAAAUGAAUCAAUAUUUGCUGGUACAAUGCCAACAAUGGCUAAUUUAAAAUUAUCAACAGGUCGUUCAAUUGUUGUUCAUCCUCAUUAUGAACAUGGAAAAAUUCGUCAUCAUGUUAAACUUAUUUAUACAAUGUUUUCAAGAAAACCACUUCGUUAUAUUCAUUCAAUAUUAAAACAAUAUCAAGUUGAUUAUUAUGUUUAUGAAUCUCAUUGGUGUACAAUAACAAAUCGUCCAAAAGGAUGUUCAUUUCCUGAAAUGUAUGAUAUUGAUGAACAAGAUCAAAAAAUAUUAAUACGUACAAUUCUUGCAUGUCAAACUCUUCAAUCUCAUCCUCAACCAUAUUUUAAAAAACUUUUUCAUUAUGAUUAUAUUACUAUUUAUCAAGUUUUAUAA